AUGACAGCAGUCUCCGCCGUCAGCAGUGCGCUCCUGUUCUCCCUUCUCUGUGAAGCAAGUGCCGUCGUCUUACCCAACGCCACUGACUCAUCCCCGCCAGCCAAUAAUUUCACUGAUAUCGAAGCAGCUGUAAAAGCACCACUAGAUUCUGCGGAUACCCCCAAAGCCAGGCGGAAGCGCUACAUUUCGCAGAAUGACAUGAUCGCCAUUCUUGAUUUUCAUAAUCAGGUUCGGGGCAAAGUGUUCCCACCGGCAGCAAACAUGGAAUAUAUGGUUUGGGACGAAAAUCUUGCAAAAUCUGCAGAGGCUUGGGCAGCUACUUGCAUUUGGGACCAUGGACCUUCUUACUUACUGAGAUUUUUGGGCCAAAAUCUGUCUGUACGAACUGGAAGAUAUCGCUCUAUUCUCCAGCUGGUCAAGCCAUGGUAUGAUGAAGUGAAAGAUUAUGCUUUUCCAUAUCCCCAGGACUGCAACCCCAGAUGUCCUAUGAGAUGUUUUGGUCCCAUGUGCACACAUUAUACACAGAUGGUUUGGGCCACUUCCAAUCGGAUAGGAUGUGCAAUUCAUACAUGCCAGAACAUGAAUGUUUGGGGAUCUGUAUGGAGACGUGCAGUGUACUUGGUAUGCAACUAUGCCCCAAAGGGCAAUUGGAUUGGAGAAGCACCAUAUAAAGUAGGGGUGCCAUGUUCAUCUUGCCCUCCAAGUUAUGGGGCAUCUUGUACUGAUAAUCUGUGUUUUCCAGGAGUAACAUCAAACUACCUGUACUGGUUUAAAUAA